ACCUUGAUCACUACUGACGCUAGGAGCAUGCACUGGCGCGCUCUCCCUCUCCAUCCGUCCUGCCGCCUGUGUCGGUUGUGGAGGCAUUCGUACAUCUCGCACGCAUACCUCACUGCCGCCUCCCUUGCGUGCGCAAUCAACAUCCACCUCGCCGUCCGUACGGUCGUAGUAGUACCUGCUGCUGCUGCUGCUGCUGCUGCUGCCGCUGCCACCUGCCACCUGCUACCUGCUGCCACCUGCACACGCCGUUGCCGCUUCCGUUGACAGCCCCGGCGCUGGCUCUGGCUCUGGCUCUGGUACGCUCGAACUAUCGCCUGCUGCUGCUCAGCGAGCCACACUACCCCGGCCGAACCUCACCUUGCCUUGCCAUAUCCACUUCUAUUGUCCUCACUCUUACCUUCCUGCUGCUCCUGCUUCACCAGCACCUUCGUGGCCACAUGAUUGCCGCCGCUCGAGCUCCUGUCACCACGCGUGUCCUCAGCUUCGCCAUUUCUCCAUGACCGACCCUGUACCGUCGCUCCACAUGUAUGCCAACUCAGCAAUCCGCUUCAGAGACCCCUUCGUCUCUUCGAAAGACCAACCACCGCCCGCUUCUCUCCAGACCUAUCAACACGCGCGAUCAAACUGGACCUCCCACGCCUCGCGGCCAGAUUUCAACCGUGCGCUCACUCCUCCGCCAGAGAUGAACAGCACCCAAAAACCAAGUUACCACGUCAAGGACUAUGGCCAGCACUACCCCGAAUACGCAGCUCAGGCCGCGUACAAAGCUCCAGCUCCCUCGUACUUGCCGCAGGAAGCUCACAGCAGUGGACAUGGCCGAAAUCAUGUACUUGCACGUGCAUCCAGCAACGGUCAUACAUCUCCAGUGCGGCAAGCAGCUGUGGAGGCCAGUCACGAUAUCACACUGCAGACACGGCCGUCACAGCAGAACACAAUCGCUGUUAACUUUCAAAUACCUCGAACUGUGAACAAUAGUGGAGGAAGUCUUUCGGAAUUAGCUGCACAGAUCACCUGCCUCUUCUGGUUUGAAUCCUCAGAAAUUCUCCAGCAAAUCGAGGACUCUCCGAUCCUUCUUCAGCCUUCGAGACCUCUCUCGCCAGACGCUAAACCAACAACUGGUUUUCGAAAAUGGGUCACCACCAUCCUGUCUACCACCAUGGUUGCGCAAAACGUCGUUCUACUUGCACUUCUGUUCAUUUACCGCCUGAAGAAGCUGAAUCCGACUGUGCGAGGCAAGCCUGGCAGCGAAUACAGGCUGCUCACUGUGGCUUUGAUGCUAGGCAAUAAAUUUUUGGACGACAACACCUAUACCAAUAAGACUUGGGCAGAAGUCUCUGGCAUCAACGUAGCCGAGGUACACAUUAUGGAGGUGGAGUUCCUCAGCAAUAUGAAAUACUGCUUGUUCACCUCCGAGCAGGACUGGGCGGAAUGGCAGUCGCUUUUGGGGCGAUUCGCACAAUUCUUCGAGAAAGCUUCGAGACCGCAGCCUCUAGCUCCAAUUCUCCCCCCGGCUUCUUCUUUGAAUCUGCCAGUGGCACUUCCCUCGCCUCCAGGAUCUAACCAAGCCUCUCCACCAUUUCCACCCGAACUCGUUCACAGCGGAGCCUACAACAAUGCUGGUGCACAUGGUCCUACACCUGUGCCAUCUCCGCUAGCCCGGCCAGAAUUUCAGAAUGGACAUCAAGGCAGCAGCAGAAAGCGUAGCUUGGUAGACGAUUGUGCUACUGAGCCUCCAGCGAAGAGAAUGGCGCCAAACUAUCCGAGCUACACUUCUCCCAAUCGAUAUUCGACGAUGCCGCCUCAGCCAAUUCAUGGUCAGCCGGUGCCGAAGCUGACUCUGCCAAGCUUGUCGAUACCCCCUUCGCAAGCGACUGUCAACGCGUAUUCACUCCCAGCUUCGCAGAAUGCUCAGCUUCCUCCAAUGACAGUACCACAAAGAGCAAUGGCCAUGGUCUAUCCCAAUAGCAGCAGCCAAAGCUCAACCACGCAAGUGCCUGCAUCGGCUGGGCCAUCUUCACAACCACAGGUCCAGCCACACUCUCAAUACUCAUCUCGAAAUCAAAGCCCAUUUGGUGGUUCCGGCACAACUUCGCCAACCAAUAUGGUCCCGCAGUCCGCAACCGCGCUACAUCCUGCUGCGCAGAUAUCUCCAAGCUAUCUUCUACAGCAGCGGAACUCGCCAUACAGGCCAGUGCAUCAUGUUUCGACGCUGUUGUACCCUCAGCCUCAAGCCGCCACUCAAGCGCGACCUGCCAACAUCGACCUGCAUCAAAUGCAGUAUCAGCCACUCGGGAAGCCUACCCAGCAUUCUGGGCGUCUUCCAUACCUAGGACAGAAUCUGUGGCUUGAUGGCAAUCAUCCUCAGGAGAUGACUCCUGUUCAUCAGUGGCCGAAUUUCCCGCAGCAGCAGCAACCACAGCAGCAGCAAGCUCUGGUUCCACAACAGUAGCUGUUUGCAGGACGAGCGCGCAUGCGGCUGAGAGGGUUUCCCCAUCUUCAACUCUGCACAAUGGCAGGGUCUGCGCCGAAUUGAUGGCGUCUGUUCAUUGUACAUACUUGCAAUUGCUUUUUUGCUUUCUUGCGUUCAAGCGCCUGCAUCACAUGGCGUUACCAGCCCCGGGCUUCCAACAGUUGAAGCCGCCUGGUGGCAAUUGUAUUUCAGGCAUAUUGAUGGCGUUCAAAGCGAGCUGGAAAGGUUCGGCAUUGAGACGAAGGCAUGGAUGGAUACACUUUAUGACACUGUACUUCUACUACUUGAGGAAGGACGAUGAGACAUGGUUCGGAUGCAAACGGCUGGGAUAGCCGAUGCUCGAGAAGGGCAAGAUAGUGUGCAAAAAUACAUCAAGGAAGAGCGUUAAUGCGCGAAAGCCUUGUUCUGGCCG